AUGCUCAUCGGGCGUUGUUUGCUCAUUCUUCAUCUAUCUUCGACGAUCUUCUUCGGUGCUUUCACGACUGCAAACUCUGUUGACAACGAUGGGAAGGAAUUGAGACUAAUUGUUGUACCUGUUCAAUCAACUUCAUUAUCCGGUUAUCAGACCGAAUGUCAUGAAGCCUGUAUUGCCGAUUAUUGUUAUGACUAUGCAUUAUUGAAUAAGAAUUGUACAAAAUUAAUACGUGAUCAAUGUGAUUGCUGUACUGUUUGUCUUCGAAAAGAAAACGAAAGAUGUGGAGGUCGAUUUAAUGUUUAUGGUAUAUGUGAAGAAGGUUUAUUGUGCUAUAAAGCAAAUAAAACGACAACGACAAACUUUGCCUAUGAACAAACAGGAAUUUGUGUCAAAGCAUGUUUAAAAUUUCAAUGUUUAUCGGUUACGAAGGAUAAGAAGAACACAUGUGAAUGUAUCAAUCGGCGUGUACCCUGUGAUAAAGCUCUCCCCUACGAUACAAAGGAUAAUUGUAAAAAUCAUUCGAUCAUUCACAAGGAUUACAGUGCAACUGCUUUGAAAGCCAGUAAUGCUAAAGAUAUUAUUGAUUGUUCGAAUAUAAUUUGCAAAAGUGCACCAGUAAAUUCAUCGAUAUGUCCGUUGGACAGUCAUUUUGUGGAAGAUUUAACUCCUCCUCGACGAACAGCAUAUACUCUUUCGCGAGCUUUUCCAUCGAUUUGCUGUGAACCUCGAGGUCAAUGUGCUUGUUCAUCAUGUCCGAAAACCAUCUGUGGAGAAAACUCGAUUAUCCAAAUCUAUCGAACAGGCAAUCCAGAGCUACCUGGACAAUGCUGUGAUCAAUUCAAUUGUAUUAAGACUGCGGAGCAAUGCCAGCAUGGAAAGAAAAUCUACCAUGAAAACGAGACGUGGUCGAUCGAUCAUUGUACCACAUGCACUUGCCGUGCUGGGCGAGCCGAUUGUUCCAUGGUACAAUGUCCGACCUAUACACAUUGCGGUUACAUGUAUAAACCAGAAAAUGAAUGUUGCCCAAAAUGUGGAGGUUGUUUAAAUGAUCGUUUCCAUGUUCAACAUAUGAAUUCAACCUGGAUUGAAUCGGAUGGUUGUAUGCGAUGUUCGUGUGAAAAUGGUCGAUCACGUUGUAUUGCUGAAGGUUGCAUUGCUCCUCCGUGCGAAAAUCCUCGUCAAAUUGCUAACGUUUGUUGUCCCGUAUGUGACCUCGAUGAACACAAGAAUUCAGAAGAGACCAACUCAGCUGUUAUCACAUCGAUACAUAAAUGUCCAAAAUUGGAAAAUUGUUUGUUAGUCUGUGAACAUGGCUUAACGAAAGAUGAGCACGGUUGCUCUCAAUGUGCAUGUUCGACUAUGUCCUGUCCGGCACCGUACUGUACAUUAAAAUUUGAAAAAUUAUCCAAACAAUACUGUCUAUGUUCUUUACCACCGGACAGAAAGUGUGAUGAAUUACGUUGUGAUAAGCAUUGUCCAUACAGUUAUGCAGUCGACGAAAAAACGGGCUGCCCACAUUGCGCUUGUAAUCCAUGUCCACAAUUAAUUUGUACAAAGAACUGCACUUAUGGAUUGAAACGAAAUGAAGUUGGCUGUCCUAUCUGUGUUUGCGAAAGUGACUUGCAUUCGAAAACGGAUGUAACCGUACAAUCAUGGCCUCGACAAUGUCAGUCAGAUUCAUUCUCAUAUUCAAAUGGCGAAAUCUGGUUUGAUGGUUGUCGACAAUGUCUAUGCCAUAAAGGUGAACAACUCUGUGCACUUAUUUCUUGUCCAACACCAAAAUGUUCUCAUCCUGUAUUCCUACCCAAUCGUUGUUGUCCUUCAUGUCCAGAUACUUCACUCUUACCUGAACCGACUCCAUCAUCUCAAGUUUGUUACGCCAGUCAAUAUGUGACUGGCGAAGAACUUGAAUUCGAUAAAUGUACAAAAUGUAUGUGUUUACACAAUAUAGCCUUCUGCAGCAUCUCAUUAUGUCCACCGCUUCGUUGUUCCUCUCCUAUAUAUGAUUCAUCCCUAUGCUGUCCUAUAUGUCCACCUACGUCAACUCAAUCCGAAUCGAGUAUUGAUACAUCAGUGACAACAGACGAAGACGUUUGUGUACUUGAAAAUGGAAUGAUCAAACAUGCUGGAGAACUAUGGACAACAGAUGCUUGUCAAUCAUGUUUAUGUCCGCGUGGUGGCACUGGCCAAAUCGAAUGUUUCUCCCAGACAUGUAAACAAGAUUUACCAUGCUCUAACCCUAUCCUCAAAAAAGGUCAAUGCUGUCCUUUCUGUCUUCCACCAACAGCGGCGGUUGCUGUUUGUAUUUUCAACUAUGUUCAAUAUCGUUCUGGUGAACAUUGGAAUGUGAGCGAUUGCCAUCAGUGUGAGUGUUUACUCGGAACAAUUGUUUGUCAUCAACAUAAAUGCCCGCCAUUAACCUGCUUGCAUACAGUGACAUUAUCUGGUCACUGCUGUCCUAUUUGUCAAGAUCAACUUGCUUUUUUUAACUAUCAAGACAAAUUACAAAUAACGUCGUCCCGAUUUAGUUUUUGGAUCAUAAUUCUCUUUUCCAUUCUUAUUUUUAUUGCCAUUGCUGUUAUACUUAUUCUUCUCUAUUGUCUAAUACAUGGAAAGCAUCGAUCUCAGUCAUCGUCAAACCAAAUCUCUCAUCUUCAACAUCGUUCUCCCAAACUUUCUCAUCAUCAUCAUCACCACCACCACCAAAGCAUGAUCAAUGCAAAAUUAACCCAUCUGAUCUCGGAUGAAUGUGAUCUCAUUCUAAGAUCGAGUGAACGCACUACGAAAACACGGAUUUUAUCCUCAUCAGCUCAUCUACCGCUAUCGUCUUUAGAGCGCGUUUCUUCGCAUUCAAUUCUUGGCACAAACACCACAGGAACAAGUUCAUCGAAUAUGGAACUCGAACCAAUCAUAUGGAACGAAGACGAUACAGCUAUGCUUCAUGCUAGCUCAAGUAGCAACGAUGAUGAAUAUGAUCAUGAAACUAUCAGUAGUGAUAAUGAAAAAUCUCAUCACCAAUAUCCAAGGAAUAACGGAUCUCCGACUAUAAUUUAUGUCUAA